AUGAGAAGAGGGGUGUCGAUUGGUGGGGGGCAGGCUCAAAUCGUCAGUUUCAAAGGAUCUUGGUUGUGGCUGAAAGAGGAGGAGAUGGUAUCUUUACGGAGGCGCUGGAAAGGAAUUGUAGGGCAAGGGAGUUUCAAUUACCUCAGUCAGGAGUUAAAGAGUGGUUUACAUGAGGGGAUACUUCUAUCCUUUAACCAUCUUCCAAAUUGGAUCGGUAUGGAUGAUCACAGGAACCAGUGUAAAGAUAGCUUCAGUUCCCUCAACUGUGGUAGUGCUAAACUCUAA